AUGCCGCCCGUGGCCUUGCUGGCCCGCCGUGACCGCAGCUUGAGAAGCCACGGUUCUCUUGGCAGGUACAAAGCCACCAGCCAGCUGGAGUGCGAGCUCCAGCCGCUGGCCUCCGUUCCUCCCCCACUGGACCUGAGUAGCACGCAUCUGCUUGAAAAUGCCUUUGUGAACAGCCAGGAAUGGACGUUAAGCCGAUCUGUCCCAGAGCUCAAAGUGGGAAUUGUGGGUAAUUUGGCCAGUGGCAAGUCCGCCCUGGUACACAGGUACCUGACCGGCACGUAUGUCCAAGAGGAAUCUCCCGAAGGUGGAAGGUUCAAGAAGGAGAUUGUGGUUGAUGGACAGAGCUAUCUGCUACUGAUUAGAGAUGAAGGGGGCCCCCCAGAGGCACAGUUUGCCAUGUGGGUGGAUGCGGUUAUAUUUGUCUUCAGCUUGGAGGAUGAAAUAAGUUUCCAGACUGUUUACCACUACUACAGUCGGAUGGCCAACUACCGGAACACGAGUGAGGUUCCUCUGGUCCUAGUGGGAACCCAGGACGCGAUAAGCUCCAUGAACCCGCGGGUCAUCGACGACACCAGGGCGCGGAAACUCUCCAAUGAUCUGAAGAGGUGCACCUACUACGAGACGUGUGCCACGUACGGGCUGAACGUGGAGAGGGUCUUCCAGGACGUUGCCCAGAAGAUUGUCACCACAAGAAAGAAGCAGCAGCUCUCCAUCGGACCCUGCAAAUCCCUACCCAACUCUCCCAGCCACUCCUCCGUCUGCUCUGCCCAGAUGUCUGCCGUGCACAUCAGCCAG